AACACUUUCCACUGAACCAGAAGACAGUUACGAACUACGUAGGUGAAGCGGAACAACAUCCAAAACGAAAAGUAGGAAGAAAUCCAAGAUCCUAUCUCUUAAUCAAAGUGCCCCUUCCAAACUUAUCGGUCCAGCUCUAAUGUUAUUACUUUCUCUUUCCAAAUGUUUCGCAAGUUCGUAUGAGUCAAUUCAAUUUAUGUUUAUCAUAUGUGGCUGAUAAGAUAACCAUCGCAGUUCAAAGUGUUUAGUAUUAUUUUACUUGGUUUAUAGUUGUGGUUGUGCCGGACACACUUUGGUUGUUAUUAUGGUUGUUAAAGUAUAUGUGAGCGAAGUUUCUGGGAGUAAUGAGAUAAGAGAAAGGCAGACAACCAUAUUGCUAGCUCUCAAAUCCAAAAACAUCGAAUUUGAAGUAAUCGACAUAACAGUGGACGAAACAGCUAAACUCUUCAUGCAAACUAAAUCAACCAGAUUUGGAGGCACAAGUUUCAAUUCACAUCCAAUCUACCCCCUUCCACCUCAAAUUUUCAACGAGGAAGAGUACUGUGGGGAUUACACAGCAUUCGAGGUUGCAAAUGAAAACAAAGAGCUGCCAGAAUUUUUGAAAUUGUAGCUAUUGAUUAAUUUAAUUUAAUAAAGUGUAAUAUGAUAAUGUUAAGUUCAAAUGGUGCUUCCAUAAUUUGUUUUUCAGAUUUAAGUUGUUAUAUACUGUACUGAAUAAAGAAGGUACAAUGUUCUUUGAA